CGUGAAACUGGCGCAAGGGCUUUGCAGUUAGAGAGCCGGUAGCCCUCGAACCUAUAAGUGAGCUAUUACCAAGGCUUUCCCUGAAUAAGAAGGUAUUCUAGAAAAAACAAAAAAAAAUUUAACAAGACAUUUUGUAACUUUGGUUGAUAUUUUUAAACAUUUUUUGUUAUGAGAUUAGUGGAUAUCCUUUUAUAAUUUUGUAUUCAAUUACUGUAAUAAUCACCUAAUUGUUAGAUUUCUUCAGAAGUGCUAUUGAAAAGAAAAUAAGAAUUGAUAAGAAUUGUUAAUUGAUUGAAUAUUAAGUAUUAGUGGUUAAAUAAAUUUUUUUUCGUUUUUUUUUUUUUAUGAAAAAGAUUUUGAGCAUUUUUCUCUUUUCUUAUCCAGAAGAAUAAAAGUUAGAAGAUAUUUACAUCAUGGAUUCCUUCGAAAAAACGAUAGAACGUAAAGAAGAAAGUCCAGUAUUAAAUCAAACUACAAAUGAUCCUGAUGCAAUGGCUAUCGAUACAACAAAUAUGAUUUCAACAACUCCUGGAUUUCAUCAACAUCCACCACCUUCACCUCUUAGUGGAUGUUAUCUUUUGGUUGUGCUUCCUGAGCCACAUGCCAUCCAACAUAAGGAUUUUAUUCUUGAUAAACUUUCCAAAGGAUUUUUGUCUUGGGAUAAAGAAAAUUGCCAUGUUGAUUUAGAAAAGGAAUUAGAAGCUUUAGUUGCACAAUCACCCGAAGGUGAAGAAGCUAGAAACGGGGAACGGUUGAUUCAGUAUGCAACAGAGAAUCUUGUUACUGAAAUUUUAAUUCAUCCACAAACUAAUACAUUAUUACAGUGUAUUAGAAAUCUUUUAGCAAGCUUUACAAAGCAUCGUCAUAUCAUUCACGCUGGUUAUACGUUUAGUGAAAAUGGUUCCUGGAUACUGCAGGAUGGAACCUUCAGCUUGGCUGAUUUUUUUGAUGCAUUUAAUGAGCAUGACGUGCAACGAGUACUUCGAGCUUAUGAGAAUAAUGUGACAAUUGACAUAAGCUGUGCUGGAAUUGGUGAAUGGUCUACAGAACGAUUAUCUCAAGAACCUUCUACUCGCUCAUGUAGGAUCCGUUUAAAUCCCGAAGAUAUAUUAUCAACAAGAUUACCAGCGAUUACGAGCUUUAUUAAUUAUAUAGAACAAUAUUUAGUUACACAAACAUUAGCUCAGUUAAUGCAGCCAUCUGAUGUAGUUGGUAAUAUCCGAUUCAGUCAUCCGACACUUUAUGUCUUCCCUGGUGGUCAAGGUGAUGCAGCUCUUUUCGGUAUAAAUGGCUUCAAUAUGUUAGUCGACGGUGGUUUUGCUAGAAAAUCAUGCUUUUGGGAUUUCACAAGACAUUUGGAUCGACUGGACGCUGUUCUUUUUACAAGAGUAAAUAAUAGUAAUAUCGGUGGUAUGUCCAGUUUUCUUCGUAAGAAAAAAGAGACACAAGUUUACCCUCAAAUUGGACAUUUUUUUGGUAAUAUAUUCGAAAGCAAGCAGUUACGUUCAUCUGAUGAUAACAAAGACGAUGAUCCCCUUAUUAUCAGCCUUAUUGAUCUUGGACAAGAACUUGUUACAAAUUUAAAACAUAUUCAUUUACGUCCCCAUCUCUGUUAUAGAAGGCAGGAUCCGAUAAAUCUGUAUCAUAAAGUUGGACAUGGCACGUUAGAUAUGUAUGUCUUGAGUCCAGUGAAAGACAGUCGAGAAGUGAAAGAGUUUUUAUCAAAAUGGACUGCUGCUGACCAUAAGCUUUUUGCUGAUUCACAUAAGAAAGACUCAAAUAAUUUUGCAUUUCCAAUUAGAAAUAUGGUUUCUAUCUGUGCUUUAAUAGUUUGGCAACCUGCUAACCCUGAAGAUACUAUUACAAGAAUUCUUUUUCCUGGAAGUACUCCACAACAUAUAAUUUUUGAAGGUAUCGAACGAUUGAAGCAUCUUGAAUUUUUGAAGCAUUCAACAUGCUCUGCCAAAAAUUUAUCACCUGCUGUAUCUCUAGCUACAUUAAAGGAAAAAUCUACAAAACUUAAAAUGAACCAAAUUGACAGAGAAAUAAAACGGACAAAUGAAACAAAAAUCACUAAACGUGAAACAUCGGAAGUUAAAGUAUCAAAAAUAGAAAGUCAAUCGCAGAAGCAAGAGACUAAAACUAAAAAAACAAGUGACUUAGAAAUUAAAAAGGUUGAUAAUACAAAAGAAUAUUCGAAAACAAUGAUUGACUUGAAAGAAUCAAAAAAAAACGAAAAAGAUAUUAAAGACAUGAAAAAAGAAUCAAAAAAAGAUUCGCAGAAAGAAAGUGAAGGAAAGAAAUUUGAAAUAAUUAAAACUAACGAAGAAGAUAAAAAUAUCGUAAACAAAGAAUUAAAACGAAAAAUAGAACGAAAAAAACAAGACCCUAAAGAUUUGAAAGAAAUAAAGAUAACACCACCAGUAGGAAAAAUCGAAAAUAAAUCUGAAUCUACAAAUAAAAAGAUGAAAAUUUCUACAUCAAAAAAACCUUUAACUGGAUUACCCACUAAACCAGAACUUCUAAAAACAUCAAUGCCUAAAACCACCAGCAAACCUUCUGCGAAGCAAAUAUAUCCACCUGCAAAAAGUACUAAAGAUGCAAAUAAUAGAAAAGUUUUAGAACAAAAAAAUAUAGAAAAAAUAACUUCUAAACAAAAGCCGUCUCCACCAGUUGCUCCAACUGAAAAGAAACCUGUUAUUCGUCGCAUAAAAUCAACUUCCAGCCCCAGUAAAAAUCGGCUACCAGGAAGCCCAAUGAAAGUAGCAAAAGUUACUUCUACAGUACCUAUGAAACUAGAAAAAGAUGCUAUUAAAAAAAAACUUAAAAUUGAAACAGAAGCAGCUGAUUCAUCAACAGUAUCAACAUCAUCAGUUGUUGAUAUGGAUUCAAUGAAAUUUGUUGAUAAAUGCUUAACUGAAAAAUCUGAAGACAUGUCGCUUGAUUCUAUUGAGAAUAAAGUUCUUGCUGAUCUUAAAGAGGAACGACAAGUUGUUGAAGAAAUUGAAGCUGUGUUGCAAAAAGCUGAAAGGAUAGAGAAUACUCGAGAUAAUCUUAUAAAAGAUAAGCAUGGCGUUUCAGAAGAUACCGGAAAAAAAUUUGAAGAUUUGACUGAAGAUGAUGUGACUGUAGAAAUGGAUGAAAUACCAAGAAAAUCGACUUCUCGGAAAGCUAGUCAGGAACUUACUGAAGAAGAUGAGUAUUUAAUUAUUGAAAAAGAAGAAAUGUAUACGGAAGAUUCUGUUCAUAGUGGAGAAACAGAGCAUAAGCACUUCUUAGAUGUUGUUCAAACAGAAAAAAAUCUUGUCCAUGAUUCGUUUACUAAAGAAAUAGAGGAUCAAGAGAUUGUUCGAGAUGAUAAAGAAGAUGAUCACAAUGAUGAUGAUGAUAACUACCCUUCUGAUCAUGUUGGUAAUGAAGGUUAUAUUGAUGAUGAUGAUAAUGAUGAUGAUGAUGAUAACGAUAUUGAUGAUGAAAAUGAGGAUAUUGAGGAUGAAGAGGAUGAUGGUGAUGAUGAUAAUGUAUUAAAAAAGGAUAAGGAAAAUGACAAAGAUGACAAAGAACGAGAGAAAAAUAAAGAAGACAGAGUGGAUAACGAAUACCACAAAGGCACUGAAAAAGACACUGUGAUUGAGAAAGGAAUUGUUGAAGAGCAAGAAAAAAGUGACAAAAAAAUACAUGACGAUUCUGAAAUUGAGAAAAAAGAACAGCAAAGCACAAGUAUUUCUGUUUCUAAAGAUAAAAAAUUAGAGGAAGAAAAAAUAAAAGGAGUUAUUUCAGCUACUACAGAUAUAAAUUCGAAAAAAGGUACACAUAAAGAGUUAGUUGAAACAGAUAGUGAAGUCGUAAAUAAAGAACCAUCAAGUUCAAGUCCAGAGAAAUUGAAUUUGGAAAGAAAAGUAAAAAUUGACACUGAUUCAAAACCAGAGAUAGAAAAAGAGACUCAGAUUCGAGAGAAAUUCGAAGAAUCACUAGAGAGAGUCUCAACUUUGGAAUCUGGAGCCACUACAACAGCACCGACUUUACCAGAAGAUGAGCGAAUCUCUAUUGAAGGUAUGAAACCAACUUCUUCAGAGAUUAUUAAACAAGGAAAAGCCGAGGACAUAAAAAAAAUAGAAACUUUUGCCAAAUCGAAAACCAUCCCUCUAGCUCCCAUAGAGGUUCCGGAAUUGAAAUUUACCAAUAAAGAGUUAAUAACGCAGCAACCCAUUCCAGCUCUUCCAAGAGAUAUUGUGAAAACUCCUGAUGAAGUGGCUGAUUUGCCUGUACAUGAAGAAGUGGAUCCAAAACUUUAUGAGAUAGACAAUUAUGAUACAAGUAAAGAAGAUAAAAAUCAAUAUACCAAAGAAUCGGUUAUUUCUUUCAAAGAACAAAAAAAUAUUCCAGAGGUCUUUAGUAAACCCACUGAUAAAUGCGAGAAAGGUAUUGAUAAAAUUACCGAAGGUACUCGGAGAGACUCUGAAAAGGAUAUUGAUGAAAAACUGUUUUCAAAAUCAGUAUCUCCAAAAAAAAGUUUUGAUGCAGAUGAAUUAUUGUCAGAAAAAAAAACUGAAAAAGAUCAUCAAUUAAUCCUUGAUGACAAACAAGUUGAUUCUAAAAAAAUAAUGGGGCCAAAAAAAGAAGAUAAAGAAAUUGAUAUACCUGAAACAAUUUUAACUAAAAAAGAGAUUACAUUAGAUACUCACUCAUUACAAAUUGGUGAAGUUAAUGAGAACGUUGAAAGUGUUGAAGAUGUUGAAGCUUUGUUAGAAGAAGCAUCUAAAAAGUUUAAAACCGUAAAAGACAGUCUACGAGAUUCAUUAGAGUCAUUAGAAGAACAUGUAGGUGAAGAAGAGUUUAAAAAAACCACACUAGAACUUGAUAAUGAUAAUGAGAUAGAGGGAAAAUUGAACAAAGUCGUUGAAAAGUUGGAAGAAAUUGAGCCAAGAAAACAAAAUAUUUCAACUGAUAUGACCGCACAAAAUAUAAAAUCAGAUGUGUUAAAAAGCGAUAGUUCUGAUUAUGUUGAGCGAAGUGAUACCAUUAGCCCUGUUAAAAAUAUCAAAGAUGCUGUAAAAGAUGUAGGUGAAGUACUUGCAGGAACAGCUGGUAUAAUUAUUGAUGAUAAACCAAAAGAUGUCAUUGAUAUUGUCAAAAAAGUUGCAGAAGUACUUAAGGAAGAUAAUUUUCUUCCGGUUCAGUAUCCAGUUCAAGAUAAAUCAAAAACUGAAGUUGAAGAAGAUUUGAAUGAUAAAAAAUUAUCGCCAGAUCAUCAUAUUAAAGUACUGGAUACUUCAUCAUCCAUAAGAAGUAGAAGUGAAUCAAUAACUGAAGCUAAAUUAAUGUGUGCUAAAUUAUUAGAAGAUAAUGUGGUGCCUCAUUUACAAGAAAGUUCUCUUAGUGAAGAUAUUAAAAGUUCUGACGUGGAUGUUUUAGAAGUUGGAAUUGAAAAGGUAUGUGAAAAAGUGAAUACCAAUCUGCAAAAAGAUGAUUCCCAUCAAGCUAUAAGUGACGUAGUAACUUCAGAAAUCGCAUUUGACCAUAAAAUGAUACCUACAACUGCCGAGGUAGUCUUAAUUACCCCAGAUUCAAUGCCACCAUCACCUAAGCUCUCGAUAGAACUUCAAGAAGAAACUUCUGUAACUAAAGAUGUUAGAAAUAUUAUUAAAAAUAAAGAUAAUAUUUAUGAUAUAAUUAAAGAUAUACUGUUAAUUGAGAAAUCUAAGAUUUCUGAUCAAGUGUUAGAAUUUAUUUCUAUUAGUAAACAAAUUUCUAAACAGGAACUUAUUGUAAUUAUAGACCGAAUUAUUUCUAAGGAAUAUCUGUUACAAAGUAAAGUAGAUGAAGCUAGUAAAAUGAGUAAAGUGGAGAAAAAAAUAGCUGAUGACAUUAAAAAGCAUCAACUUGAAGAUUAUAUUCAAGAAAAUUAUCUGAAAAAAAAUAUACCAAUCACUUUAGAAAUUUUAGAAGAAAUAGCUUUAAAACAUUCAUACCCAAGGUUUUUAAUAAUUGAAAUCAUUAAAAGUAUUAUUACUAUGAAAGGGAUUACGAAAUCAUCUGUAAUAAAUAUCUCUGAGAAAGCUCUAAUACAAUUAGCUCAGGAGAAUGUUCCAACACAAGAUGUGAUUGUGGAUCAGAAAAAUUCACUUGCCGAUAAAGUUACAGAUGAUAUUCAAUACGAUGAGGUUGCUCAAAUACCAGAUAAAGUAAUAUCUGAAAUCAAUCAUUUUAUUUCAAAAGAAUUUAUAGAAAAAAAGAAAAUAAUUGACAUUAAUGUUAUCGAUAGAAUUCACCAACAAUAUUUUAUUUCUAAACGAAUUAUCAUUGAAAUUAUAAAUAACUUAAUUAUAAAUAAAAAAUUAAGAAAACAGUCAGUUGUGGACAGUACCGUAUGGAAUUCCUAUGAAUCUAGCGAUGGAAUAGAUGAAAUUUUAAAAACUGUUAGAAAGGAUGAGAUUGUAAAUAAAGUCGUCAGUGAUUCUUCAAAAGAUUCAUCGGAGAGAAGCGAAAAAGGUUCACCUACUGAGGGUGUGGAUGAAAUUGAACUUAAUAAUCGUGGUAAAACAAAAUAUAGAGAUGAAAAAGAAGAAACCAUAGAAGACAUUGAAAAAGAAGACAAAAAUUUUGACACAGAAAGUAAUAUAAAAUUAGCUAAAUCAUCAUUGACGAGUUUAGAGACAACAUCAUCAAGAGCAGUAACACUAACAAGUGACCUUAAAGAACAAAUUAUUUCUAGUAAAGAACAGAAAGGAACUGAAGAUGAAAAAAUGAUUAUGGAAGCCGUUCAAGAUGAGAUGAUUUCACAAUCUAUUACACCAAGCACGAAGGAUCAUUCAGCUGAACCUGAAGUAAGCGCAAAAGACGAUGAAAAGUCUACUCAUAACAUAGAUAAUUCACUUACAAAAACGGAUAAACCCUUCGAAUUGGAUAAUAGUGAAAUUUCAGAUAAUGAAUUAUUGUUGUCACGGACACACUCAAUAUCAAAAGAUCAACAUGCCUUGAUUGAAAGUGGAAAAGAUGAUGAUAAAAUUUUAGAUACUCAAACUGAUGAUUUGUCAAUCAUACCGAAAGUAUUAAAAACAGAAACAGUAAGAAGUUGUGAAGUAGAUGAUGAGGAGGUUAAGAAAACGGCAGAAGGUUCAUCAGUGUAUAACGCAACAAUAAGUCUUGAUAAAAUGGGAAAUCUAGAGAAGUAUUCAACCUCAGAAUUAGAUAUAAUUAACUCAUCGUCAUCGCAAGCGUUAAUUACACCGACUCAAGAUAAGUAUCCAGUAGAUAGAGCAGAAAAUGUGCAGCAUUUGAUUGGAUUGCAUACUACACCAGCAUUACCAGAAUCAGGCGAAGGAAUAGAACUUUACAAACAUCAGGAAGAAGUCAAACCACAAACUUUUUCUAAGUCAUCAUCACCAACGUCUGACAAAAGUUUAACUGAAAAUCGUAGAGAUGAAUCAGAAGUUUCAACAAUAUCGACAGAGACACAACCUUAUGUAGUUCCAGAGAACUUAGAAAACUUGAGUGCAACUGCAGAAAGUAAGGAUAAUAACAUUGAAUUUGUUGCUUCACAUCUAGAUACAGCUCAUCCUCAAAAAAGAAGCUCGAUUGAUCAGAGAAAAGAAGAUAAAAUCCAGAAAAAUAGCUUAAUAACUUCAAUAGAUACAGCUUUCAUUGGUAACAAAGAUACUGUAGACAGAACUGAGGAUCAAAACGAAGGAACGGAACCACAUACUUUUUCAAAAUCACCAUCUGAUAAAAGUUUAUCUGAGCACGGUGAAAAUGAAAUGAAAAUUGUAACUGAGAAAGAGAGUAAGAAAGUUGAAGCGCGAAUUUAUUCAAAGUCACCGUCACCAAUAUCUCAUAAGAGUAUUACUGACGAUCACAAAGAUAAAACAGAAGAUCUGACAAUACCUACAAAUUCACCCUCUUCUACAUUCCCAGAAAAGGCUGAAAGCUUAAGUCCGAUCGCAGGAGAUAACUAUGAUGAUAGCAAAGAAACUGCUUCACAACAAAAUUUAUCAACUGAUCAAGAAAGAAGUUUAAUCGAUCAUGGCAAAGAACUAGAAGUUCAGAGAAAAGAUUCAGGUGCUGCGAUAGAUACAGCUUUUAGUGAUAUUCAGGACACUACUGACCAACCGGAAAAACAUAGAAAAGAGAAGAAGUCACCAAUUCUAUCAAAGUCAACAUCACCAACAUUUGAUAGAAGUGUUACUGACGAUCACAAAGAUAGAACAGAAGAUAUAGCAAAACCUUCAGAGUCCUCAUCUUUUGCAGUCUUGAAAGAAGCAGAAAGCCCAAGGCCGAUUGCAGGAGAUAAACACGAUGAUAUUGGAGAAGCUACUUCACAAGAUAUAUCACCUGUUCAAAAAAAGAGUUCAAUCGAUCAGGGCAAAGAUGUUGAAGUUCACAGGAAAGAUUCAGUAGUUGAGAUAGAUACAGCUUCCGGUGAUAUUCAUGACACUACUGACCAACCUAAAAAACAGAAAGAAGAGGACAAGUCACCGAUUCUCUUUAAGUCAACAUCACCAACAUCUGAUAAAAGUGUUAUCGAUGAUCUCAAAGAUAAAAUCGAACAUCUGACAAUAUCUAUAAAGUCACCCUCUUCUGCAAUCUCAGAAAAGGCUGAAAGCUUAAGCCCUGUUGCAGGUGAUAAGCACGAUGAUAUCGAAGAGGCUGCUUUACAAAAAAAUUUAUCUUCCGGUGAUAUUCGAGACACUACCGAUCAACCUAAAAAACAGCGAGAAGAGGAGAAGUCACUAAUUCUCUCAAAGUCGACAUCACCAACAUCUGAUAAAAGUGUUACCGACGAUCACAAAGAUAAAGCAGACAAUAUAGCAACGCCUACAGAGUCCUCAUCUUUGGCAGUCCCAAAAAAAGUAGAAAGUUCAAUACCAGUUGGAGGAGAUGAGCACGAUGAUUACGAACUUGCUGCAUCACAACAUGAUAUAUCACCUAUUCAGAAAAAAAGUUCAAUCGAUCAUGGCAGAGAAGUCGAAGUUCAGAGAAAAAAUUCAGGUGUUGCAAUAGAUACAGCUUUAAGUGAUAUUCAGGACACUAAUGACCAACCUAAAAAACAGACACCAGAAGAAAAAUCAUCAAUUCUCUCAAAGACAGCAUCACCAACAUCUGUCAAGAGUGUUACUGACGAUCACGAUGAUGAAACAGAAAAUCUGAUAAUACCUUCAAGGAUCUCAUCUUCUGCAGUCUCAAAAAAAUCAGAGAGCCCAAGGCCGGUUGCAGGAGAUGAACAAGAUGAUAUUAACGAAGCUACUUCACAAGAUAUAAUACUUGUUCAGAAGAGAAGUUCAAUCGAUCAGGGCGAAGAUGUUGAAGACCACCAUAAAGAUUCAGUAGUUUCAAUAGACACAGCUUCCGGUGAUAUUCAUGACACUACUGACCAACCUAAAAAACAGAAAGAAGAGGAGAGGUCACCGAUUCUUUCUAAUUCAACAUCAUCAACAUCUGAUAAAAGUGUUAUCGAUGAUCACAAAGAUAAAACCAAAGGUCUGACAAUACCUUCAAAGUCAUCCUCUUCUGCAAUCUCAGAAAAUGCAGAAAGCACGAGCCCGAUCGCAAGUGAUGAGCACGAUGAUACCGAAGAGGCUGCUUUACAACAAAAUUUAUCUUCCGGUGAUAAUCAAGACACUUUUGAUCAACCUAAAAAACAGAGAGAAGAGAAGAAAUCACCAAUUCUCUCAAAGUCAACAUCACCAAUAUUCGAUAGAAGUGUUACUGACGAUCACAAAGAUAGAACAGAAGAUAUAGCAAAACCUUCAGAGUCCUCAUCUUUUGCAAUCCCGAAAGAAGUAGAAAGCCCAAGGCCGGUUGCAGGAGAUAAACACGAUGAUAUUAAAGAAGCUACUUCACAAGAUAUAUCACCUGUUCAAAAAAAGAGUUCAAUCGAUCAGGGUAAAGAUGUUGAAGUUCACAGGAGAGAUUCAGUAGUUGAGAUAGAUACAGCUUCCGGUGAUAUUCAUGACACUACUGACCAACCUAAAAAACAGAAAGAAGAGGACAAGUCACCGAUUCUCUCUAAGUCAACAUCACCAACAUCUGAUAAAAGUGUUAUCGAUGAUCACAAAGAUAAAACCAAAGGUCUGACAAUACCUUCAAAGUCAUCCUCUUCUGCAAUCUCAGAAAAGGCUGAAAGCUUGAGCCCUGUUACAGGUGAUAAACACGAUGAUAUCGAAGAGGCUGCUUUACAACAAAAUUUAUCUUCCGAUGAUAUUCGAGACACUACUGAUCAACCUAAAAGACAGAGAGAAGAGGAGAAGUCACUAAUUCUCUCAAAGUCAACAUCAUCAACAUCUGAUAAAAGUGUUAUCGAUGAUCACAAAAAUAAAACCGAAGAUCUGACAAUACCUACAAAGUCACCCUCUUUUGCUUUCUCAGAAAAUGCAGAAAGCUCAAGCCCGGUCGCAAGUGAUGAGCACGAUGAUACCAAAGAAGCUGCUUUACAAAAAAAUUUAUCUUCCGGUGAUAAUCAAGACACUUUUGGUCAACCUAAAAAACAGAGAGAAGAGGAGAAAUCACCAAUUCUCUCAAAGUCAACAUCACCAACAUUCGAUAGAAGUGUUACUGACGAUCACAAAGAUAGAACAGAAGAUAUAGCAAAACCUUCAGAGUCCUCAUCUUUUGCAAUCCCGAAAAAAGUAGAAAGCCCAAGGCCGGUUGCAGGAGAUAAACACGAUGAUAUUGAAGAAGCUACUUCACAAGAUAUAUCACCUGUUCAAAAAAAGAGUUCAAUCGAUCAGGGCAAAGAUGUUGAAGUUCACAGGAGAGAUUCAGUAGUUGAGAUAGAUACAGCUUCCGGUGAUAUUCAUGACACUGACCAACCUAAAAAACAGAAAGAAGAGAAGAAGUCACCGAUUCUCUCUAAGUCAACAUCACCAACAUCUGAUAAAAGUGUUAUCGAUGAUCACAAAGAUAAAACCAAAGGUCUGACAAUACCUUCAAAGUCACCCUCUUCUGCAAUCUCAGAAAAGGCUGAAAGCUUGAGCCCUGUUACAGGUCAUAAACACGAUGAUAUCGAAGAGGCUGCUUUACAACAAAAUUUAUCUUCCGAUGAUAUUCGAGACACUACUGAUCAACUUAAAAGACAGAGAGAAGAGGAGAAGUCACUAAUUCUCUCAAAGUCAACAUCACCAACAUCUGAUAAAAGUGUUACCGACGAUCACAAAGAUAAAGCAGAAAAUAUAGCAACGCCUACAGAGUCCUCAUCUUUGGCAGUCCCGAAAGAAGUAGAAAGUUCAAUACCAGUUGCAGGAGAUGAGCACGAUGAUAUCGAACUUGAUGCAUCACAACAUGAUAUAUCACCUAUUCAGAACAAAAGUUCAAUCGAUCAUGGCAGAGAAGUCGAAGUUCAGAGAAAAAAUUCAGGUGUUGCAAUAGAUACAGCUUUAAGUGAUAUUCAGGACACUACUGACCAACCUAAAAAACAUAGCGAAGAAGAGAAGUCACCAAUUCUCUCAAAGUCUGCAUCACCAACAUCUGAUAAAAGUGUGACCGAUGAUCACAAGGAUAAAACAGAAGAUCUGAUAAUACCUAUAAAGUCACCAUCUCCUGCAUUAUCAGAAAUGGCAGAAAGCUCAAGCCCGGUUGCAGGUGACGAGCACGAUGACAUCGAAAGGGCUGCUUUGCAACAAAAUUUAUCAACUGCUCAGGUAAGAGGAUCAAUCGAUCAGGGCGAAGAAGUUGAAGUUCACAGGAAGGAUUCAGUAGUUGCAAUAGAUACAGCUUCCGGUGAUAUUCUUGACACUACUGCUCAUCCUAAAAAACAGAGGGAAGAGGAGAAGUCACCAAUUCUCUCAAAGUCACCAUCACCAAGUUCUGAAAAGAUUAUUACUGAGCGACUUGUUGACGAAGCAGAAGAUCUGGCUACACCUACAAAAUUCUCAUCUUCUGCUGUCCCAGAAAAGGCAGAGAGCUCAAGUCCGGUUGCAGGAGGUAAGCACGAUGAUAUCAAACUUGCUGCUCUACAACAAGAUAGGUCACUUACUCAGAAAAGAAGUUCAAUCGAUCGUGGCAAAGAAAUUGAAGUUCAGAGAAAAUAUUCAGUAGUUGUCCUAGAUACAGGUAUCACUCAGAUUAAGGAUACUACUAAACACUGUGAGAUACAGAAAAAAGAAGUGAAACUACCGACUUCUUCUAAGUCUCCAUCUCCAACAUCUGAUAAAAGAUUUACUGAGUCUCGGGAAGAUAAACCAGAAUAUCUACCAAUAACUACAAAGGUGCAACCUUUUGCAGUGUCAGAAUCGGCCUCGAGUGUGAUUGCAGAUGUUAAGCACGAUAACAUCAAGACUGCUGCUUUACAACAAGAUUUAACAUUUGCUGAGGGAAAAAUAUCAACUGACGAGGGCAAAGAAACAGACAUUCAGGAAGAAUUGCUACGAUCUGAUAGAACAUUCGCUGAAUCCAGUUCAGAUGCAUCGCAGAGUCUAAAAUCACCCGUACUCGCACAGACUUUAUCAAUUCUAGAUAAAAUAGGUCGUUCGGAACAGAUUAUAGAAGAUAAGGAUAUUCUUAAAGAAAGUACAGUGGAUCAGAAAGAUGAUAUGAAAUUCUCUAAAAAAGAACUCACGUAUUCAUGUGAAACAAUUACUCGGGAAUUUGAACCUACAACUGAACAUAUCGAAGACCUGAAUGAGACAGAAAAACUAAGUAGUCUUUUAAUGCCAUCAUCACCAAAGUCUGAUAAAACUUCAGCUGUACAUAAUGAAGAUGAAACGAAUGUACUUAAAUUACCGGUAACACCAGUAUCUUCAGUCGUUUCCGAAAAAGCAAUAAUCUUAAGUCAAGUUGCUUGCGAUAUGGAUGAUAACAUAGGAAUAAUUGCACCGCAACAAGAUUUAAUGAUUUCUCAUACAGAUAAGUUAAUUGAUGAAAAAGAAGAGCAAAACAUCAAUGUUAAGGAACUUAUUUCUCCAAUAAAUACAACCGUAAGUGAUAUUCAAAGUUCUAUCGAUCAUACGGACGGUAAGUGCGAAAAAGAAAAACCAAAGAGUCCUUCGAUGUCCUCAUCAUUAAGCGGGGAUGAAUGUUCAACUGACUAUGGUGGCCAUGAAACGAAAGAUCCAAAAUUAGCUAUUACAAAAUCAGAUCAGACGAAGAGUAUCGAUGAAAAACAAGCGGAACAAAGUCAUGGCAAAGAAUUUGAAUCUCCCAUCAUCUCUCGGGAAAGGAAAAGAUCUAUAGACCAAUUAGAACCUUGUGGUGAUGAUAGAUCUAUUACUUCAAGAAUAUCAUCAUCAUUAUGUUCUGAUAUAAGCAUAGCUGAAGGAAGUGAAAUUGAUUCCAAAGAUAUUAAAUUAUCUUCAUCGUUACAAUCUUUAGUAGAAUUAAAUGAACCAAGAAGCUCAAGUCAACAAGACGAUCUUACAUGCAAUCAAGACCAGAAAGAGCAAUAUGACGAAAAAUGUUCUUCGAAAUCACUGAUAUCAAAUGAAAAGAGUAGCUCCACUUGUCUAAAAGAAGAUAAAUUUCAGAAAAUUGAAUCCACACAUUUGUCAGUGUUGCUAAGGGAUACUAAAGUUAUAGCUAAUGAAAAAAAAGAUGAUUCAAGAGACCACAAAUCAAUUACGGCUUUAGAAUCUUUAAUUGCACCAGAGCAUGAAGAAUUCGAGAGUAAACUCAUGACGGAGUUACUUGAUGACGCUGAUAGUACAAAAUUACCAACGUCUGAGAAAGUGAGUCAAAGCGAAAUCUCAGUGGAUAAUAAUAUUAUAGAAGAAGAACAACAACUAUGUGCUAAUAAACCGGUAUCGCUCAGCGGAAUCGCAUCAAGUAAAGAAAUAAAAAAUUUGGAUCAAAUUUUAGAAGACGAUAAAGAUACAAUUCAAACUGAACCAGCCGAAGAAGAUAGUUUCGUUGAUCAAACUGAUGACUGUGUCAAUCUGAAAAUAGAAACUGGAUCGAAGCCGAUGUCAUCAAAUUCUGAUCAAAUUGUAGAUAAAGGUCAAGAAAAUCAGUCAGAUGAUUUAAAGUCAUCUUCAGCAACACAGUCGUCAAUAUUGAUAGAAGAUAAGAGGAAUUUAAUUGAAGAAGUUAAAGAUGAAAAAUAUAUCAUUGGUGAAUAUAUAGUAAAAGGUCAAAAAGAAAGAGUAGAAGAAGUAAGUUUAUUUUUAACACCUGAAACGUCAGUACCAUCAGAUAAACCACAAAAUCUAAGUGCGAAUGUUGAUGUUCAAGAUGCUGUUAAAAUUAUAGUAUCAUCAAAAGAUAGUCCAGUUGAAAGAGAUAAUUUGUUGGACAGAGAAGAUAAGUUACACCAUGAUGGAGAUCAUAUACCUCCAACAUCAUCAGUAAUUAGUCAGCAACUUAUUUUAACUGAUCGAAUCCUUGAAAAAGAGGGCAAAGAAAAAGUAAUUACUUCAUCAUCACCACAGAAAGAACUUUCAGAUAAAUCAAAAAAUCUAACAGAAGAUGGAGAUGAAGAGUUUAAUAGUCUCCACGAAAUUGAAACGCCAUCAGAAGAGUUAAAGACUGUGGAUUUAUUGAAAAACAAAUCAGAUAAGGACGAAAUGUCAAAAACAUCAAAAACAACAAUUGCAAAUACAAAGCACUUCACCGAAAAAAUUAUUGAACGUGGUGAAGAUUCUGAACCCAGUCAAUCCAAACGUUCAUAUGACGACGAAGAUGAAUUAGCUUCAGUUUGUUCAAAAAAUGUUGAUGAAAGCUUAGCAGAUGUUAAUAAAUCAAACAUGAAGCUUGAUGAAUUUAAUGAUGAAAGAAAAUAUACAUUGACACAAAAAAAUGAUAUUGAAAAUUAUAUAAUAAGUGAAUAUGUGAUAAAAGGCCGAAAAAUUGUUAGUGAUAAUCUUGAAGAGAUUGUUAAUCUUUAUGAUGUGUCAAAAAACGUUGUAGUUGAAAUAAUUGAAGAAAUUUGUAACAAAAAAAAUAUUGAAAUGGAAUUUAUUUUUCACAAAGAUGAAAAUAUAAAGCUUAAUACUGAAUAUUUGGUAACAAAGAAAGAAAUUCAACCGACUGAUUUAAUUACGGACAAAAAAGUGGAUGUAGAAAAUAGUGAAUUUUUAAUCAAGAAUAAGGAACAAGAAGAGAUGUUAAAGAAAAAAUAUGAAUUUUAUGAUGAAAAGGAAAAAAGUUCCAUAACUGAAAAAAAAAUAAUGGAAGUAGAGUCCAAAAUUCAAGACAAAUAUAUAAACGAGAAUAAUAAAAUUUCUUGGUCUGAUCUUGAUGAAAUGGAAAAAACUUUAUCCGUACCUAGGUAUAUAUUAAUUGAAAUAAUUGAAAAGUUAAUAAUAAAAAUGCAUUUAUCGCGAAAGACUAUUUAUGAUCAAAUUAUUUUGGAUGAAAGUCAUGACGGAAAUGAACUUUUCGAUCGACGAUCUAGCAAGCCAGCAACUGAAUGUGAAUCUUUUGAAUGUUCAACGUCGCAAAUCUUAGACCAUGACAAUAAAUAUGAAAGUCAAUUUCAAAUGUCCUUCCCUAGUACAAUAACAGAAAUGCGCACAACUCAUAUAACUACUUUUAGUGAAAAGUCCGCUGAUGAUUUACACUCCGAUCCAAAUCAUUUUCUAGACUCCGCUGAAUCUUCAAGGUUAACGGCAACAUCUUUAGAUACAAAAAAUAUCGAAGAAAAUAUUAUUAGUGAUAGAGAUGUGGAAAGAGAAACAGCAAAAAAAAAGGAUAUUUCCGUUGAAGGCGAAACUAAAACUGUUGAAGAGAUGCCAGAAUAUGACGUUAUUAUCAAAAGAACAGUUAUAAAGAGUAGCUUAGUUGAACCAGAGAUCAAAAAUGAAGAUGAAAGUAAGACUGCAGUUACUCAUAAUGAAUCAGCAUUGGAAAGAAAAGAAAAAUAUGAGACUGAUGAAAUAAAACCGAUAGAGUCAAGAGAAAAAGUACACAGUUAUAAAAGCCAUUUAGGCAUGAUAACUUCGGAAGAAAAAUCAGGGAGAUCAACUCCUGAAAGAAGAGAUGGAUUCGAUAGUUGUUCUAGAACAGCAACCCCAGAAGGUUUUCGUUCUGAAGAAGUUAUAAGAACCACAAUAACCACAACUAGAACAAUAUCCAAUGAAGGGGAAAUCGUUACAACUACUAAAGAAGUAACAGAAACGACAAAUGAACAUGGUGAAACAAUUGUUUUAGCAGAAAAAGUAGAUGUUAUGGUAGCAGACCAAGGGUCAUCGUUGACUAAAUUAGCUUUAGUUGAAACUGAUCAAUCAUCAGAAAUCCAAAAGUCGGAUUCGUCCUAUUUAGGUUUACAAACCUCUUUGAGUGAUUCUCACGAUAAUAAUGAUCAACUUUUAACUCAUGUUUGGCCUAAGUGUGAAGAGACGACUCCUAAACUUGAAACAAUUGAGACUUCAUCGUCAAUUUCAUCUCAAGUUUAUCAUUGCGAAAUGCAAAGUAAGCCUGUUGAAUUUUCUGCAGCUGAUAUGAGUAGUAGUUUUUACGGCCAGUUACCAUCUAUACCACCUUGUCAUGAAAUGGAAUCAUCUAUCACGUUUGUUAGUUCGAAUGAUGGUGAUGAUUUUACAUUUAAAAAAGUAACUGCAUAUGAUGUUCUAAGUGACGACAUGAAAUUACAUCAAACUACAAAUAUUGAAAAAGAUGAUGAAUCUGAAAAAGUAUACGAAGCUGACGAAGAAAAAAGUGGUGAUGCAGCUAAGGAUCCAUUAAAAGAUUGGGGUAAACCAAUGAAGUUACCACCCCCUGAACGACCAGAUAGAUUCAAUUUUGGAAAUAACACAUUAAACCGCAGUAUUAACAUUUCAUCGAAUUCAUCUGAUUUCGACAUACUUUAUGAUUGGGGAAAACCUAUGGAAUUACCUUCACCUGCUUUUGGUGGUACUGAAACCUCUGAUAAGACAUCGUCAUUAACACCACGAAAAGAUAAUAAACAGUCUAAAAAAAUUAUCUCAGAAAAUUUGAAAAAUAAAAAGCACUCAGAGAGUCCUAGCAAAAGUAAUAAAAAAUCUAAAGAAACCAACAAUAAAAUUCAACCAAUUUAUUUAGAUCUGACUUUCGUUCCUCAUCAUGGAAAUUCUUAUUACACCUCAUUCGAAUUUUUCAAGCAAAUACGGGCAAGAUAUUACGUUUUUAGUGGGACAGAACCGAGUCGUGAUGUAUAUGAUGCAUUACUGAAUGCUAAGAAGACUUGGGAAAAUAAGGACCUUGAAGUGACGAUUAUUCCCACCUACGAUACUGAUACUUUAGGUUAUUGGGUAGCUGAUAAUGAAGAAGCACUUGCAGAAAACCAUAUUGAUCUUUCUCCAUCCGCUUCACGGUGUACAAUCAAUCUUCAGGAUCACGAAACAAGCUGUAGCGCUUAUCGACUUGAAUUUUAAAUUUCGUUAAUAUAAAUGGUCAUACUAGUCAAAAGUUAAGUUCUUAAUUAAAAUAUUUUGUAAAUUUAUUUCGUAAUAUUUACUGCAACUUUCAUAUAGAAUAAUUUAAAGACUUAAUGAUAAUUUUUUAAGAUCAUUUAUUUGAGUCAUUUAAAUCAAUAUUCAGCAUUAUUUCACGUUUAUGUAAUGUAAAUAUCAGUAUAUGUUGUAAUAGCAUUGAGUAUAUAGAUCUGUGAUCUAGAUUUGUGAUAAAUUCCAAGCAGAAUGAAAAAGAUAAAAUUAUGAAUUAUAUUAAUUAACAUUCAUAAUAGCAGCUUUUCUUGUUAUCGAAUUUCAAUACAACUUUUAACUUAUUUGUGAAAAAUUAAUAUUUUCUGAGUUUUAAUAAUAAAUUUGCUUUUUUAAUUGCAUCUAUAAAAAUAAAAGUUAUAUUAGAUUUUCGGAUGGAAAUCAAGCCUUAAUUAUUUCGCAGUAUGUUAAUUUAUAAUAAUAAUUAUAAAAAUCAAAUCAAUCAAGCCAACGUAGAACGAAAUAAUCAAGGAACGUAUGGUUAACUUAUAUUGUUAAUUAUUAGAUUAUAUAAAACGUUCCAUUUUUAAUAACUUAAAAUAUUAAUCAAUCGUUGUAAAACUGAUUCAAAUUAUUAAUUUUUUUUUUUUUAUAAAUAUAGCUUUUAAGUAUGUUUUUAGAAUGUUCUAAUUGAAUAAAUUCUUUAAUGCCUAUGAAAAUAAAAAAUAAAAUUGAUUGUUGUUGUAUAAGCAGAAGAUAAAGUACCCAGUACUUGACACGUGACAUGUCUUGAAUAAGUUUAUACAAGUUAUAUCAUUAAAAAAAAAUUAAGGCGAUAAAUGUGGAUAGUAUUCAUAUUUUAAUAUUGUUUAGAGAUUUAGCCCAUUAAUUAUGAUUGAUGGUAUCAAAUUUGAAAUCAACGUAAUUUUUAUUUCAUUUGAGUAGACAUUACUCAAUAGUAUAUUACACACCUAGGGAAGUAAAGUAAGAAAUGUCUCAGAUCACAUGUAAUUGUUGGCCGAGGCGAAGCCGAGAAAAAAAUUUCUUAUCAGGCCUGAUAUCAUCCAAUAUGCUUCGAUGUGGUCAUAGCACAAAAUUACGAAAAAAUACUGAGCUUAGUAAAUAAAUAUGAUUAGAAAUAAAUUGUUUUAUAAUAAUUAAAAUGAAUCAUAUUAAAUCCUUAGAUUAUUCCAAAUCAUUUUAGUACUUUUAAAUGAUCCUCAUUAAAUCUUAUUUGACCAUAUUUCAUAAGAAAAAUAUGUUUAUAUCUGGCCUGAUACACAGAAAAAAAAAAAGAUUUUUUUGUCAAGCCAAGAAAAGUUUUCCGAUAAUCUAAGUUGUUUUGGAGCAGGAAGGAAUAUUAUGAGACAGAAAAAUUUUCUUGGCUCAAUAAAACUUUACUUUAGCCAAGAGAAUUUUCAUUGUUUUAAAUGUUUUCGUGAGCCAAGGAGUUUAGUUCUUUUACGGAGAAUUGUUUCUUCCUGUAUAUAGUUGAAUAUGCCCAUUCAUGAUUUUAAGAUAUGACAAUAUAAGCUUAAUAGUUGAUACCCGCCCGCUUGGCUGGGCACACGAUAAAAUUCGAUUGUAUAACUUAGGUAUGUAAAAUAUAAAUAAAGUCAUUUAAUUCUA